AUGCGCCUAACUUCAGGCCUCCUCUUGGCCAGCGUCUCCAGUGCGUUUGGCCAGUUUACAAGGUUCACCAACUCCAGUACCUCUGCUGUUAAAAGCUCAACCUCUUCUACUUCUUAUUCUAUCCCUACUACUGCUACUACUACUGGGACCACCAACCGCCUUUCAAGCUCUAGCAGCACUAAGAGCACCAAUAUCAUCGUGAGCAUCAGUAGCUUCGAGACCACCACCAGCAUCGAGACCAGCACUACUACUUCCCCAUCAAACGUUGCAUCAUUUGAACUCGAUCUACGAAGCGCCGUAUUGGGCCCAGGUGCUUCGUUUUACCCGCCACCUGAUGGCGCCAGUAUCCUCAUGUCUCCCGUGGCCGCUGUCUCUACCCUCAAUCGGCGCCAGAUCCCUAAGCCCAUCAACUGGCCUUUCUCAAUCGCAACUGAUUACAAUACUUCGUAUGUCGAUUUUAAAACCAAGUUUGUUCCUGAGGUCGCUUCUGCUUUGGGUAUAGGAGCCCCGCGUAUCGCUAUCACAAAUGUCAUAUCCGUCACCGGAGGACGCAGAAAGCGGGCUGAGUCUGUCCCUUGUGUUUUUGAAAUCUUCGCCGAUGGUGAGGUUGUCCUUGCUGUCCCAAUAACUGGGAGCUCUGGCAAUUUGAUAAUAUCCACCAACCCUCUUCCCCCGAAGGAUGAAUUUGAUUUUGUAUUCCGACAAUCUUGUAACGGUGAAAAUGUUGAAUUACUCCUUCAGGGACUUGCUGUCAAGAAUGGUCAGGGUGCAGUCUCAACCCCUAUCCCUUCGAUUAACCUUGGUACCCCUACUGGUACUUCUAUAACCAAUAGUGUUAAAUUUACGACUAACUCCGAGGGGGAGACUAUCUUUCCUACUCAAACUACUCCUGCUACCAGUAGUAAGACUGCUACUACCCUGUCUAGUGGAGAGAUUGUCUUGACUACUGGGGCUGCUACUGGUACUAAUAGUGGAAGUUUUACGACCAAUUCAGAAGGCGAGACUAUCUUCCCUACUGAGAUUGCCACCGAGGUUAGCAGUGCAGAUGGUUCUACCAACUUGGAGGGCGGAACUACAGGAACGGCUACUGGUACCUCUCCUUCUGUAACUGCUACCUUGCCUGCUGGAUUUCCCGGUGAGGUCGGCGAUUUUACUCUCUUUGGAUGUGUUGCUUCUAGUGCUGGCUUCCCUACCUUUACUCUCGCUCAAUCUAACCCCGAGAUGGACCUGGAUAUUUGUGCUACUCUUUGUGCUGGUCGGACUUACUUUGGCGUAUAUGAUACUUCUUGUUACUGUGGUGAUGAGGUCGGUUCUGCUACUAGCCGGGUCCCCCUCGACCAGUGCGAUAUCGAGUGUCCUGGAGACAACACCCAGUUCUGUGGAGGUGAAUCUGACUCUAAGCUUCGGAUUCGCCAAGAUAUAUCCAGCAAUAUUCUUCUUACUAUCUACGUCGCUCUCGAGGCUGGCGUUACUCUUACCGAGUCUGUUACCCGAACAGCGACAGAUCAGAGGACCAUUGUCACUACUCUUACCACCACUGUCACUAAUGCUGGAGCUUCAAGCAUAGCUACCGAUGUUAUCACCGCCACACUGGUAUGCUCUGCCGGAAAGUGCCAUUCGACUAACUCUGCUACUGUCUACGUCAUGAUCGAAAUCAACGGCAGUGACUGUGACGGUCAAUGGGUCUAUAUCUCUGAACCGUGCUCCUGCGCUGGUGGUCAGAGGUAUAUUCCUAAAUUCUGUUCCGCAGGCAGCUGUGACAGUAUUACGGUUUACAAACCGCAGCAAUGCCCUGACUGGUAUAACUAUAACUCGUUCUUUGUGCCAACGGAUACAGGUUGCAGCACUUGCCCCAGUGGUAAGAUUGUAUAUCAGCCAUGGGAACAUUCUUGGGGUACCCCUGAUAAUUGCAAUGAUGCGGUACCUACUUGUGGCGGAUACGACUGCCCCUUUCAGCACAUCGUUGUUAGACCUAAUCAGGGGGUGAACUGGAAUGCGACUACUCCUCACGGGGCCUCUGGCGGAGGGUCCAAGUCUAGUUCUAAUAACGGUAACAGCGGCAACUCUCAGGGUGGCUCCAGUUCUGGUUCUAAUAACGGAGGUUCCAUCCCCGGUUCUAACAGAGAGUCUGGUGGUGGAUCUGAGACUAGCCCCAAUGGCACCCCUAAUGGUGGCUUAAAGGACAGUUCCGGUUCUGGUACGCAAGGAGAAUCUCAGAGCUUUAAUAUUCCUGGCGCCAAGGGAUCUUACCCUAGUACUGUUCCUGUUAUUAGCAGUGCUAGUGCUAAUGUCUUUAGGAUGAUUUCUCUUCUUGCUGUACUUGCAGCCCUUCUCUAG